AUGCGCACAUUUGUUUCGGUGGCUAAUUUGGCUUUUGCCACUGUUGCAUCUGCCAUAAAUUGUAAUGGCAAUGCCGCUCUUUGCGACCGGAAAUAUAGCAACGUCACUUUCGUUGGAGCUCACAACUCGCCAUUUGUUGGUGCGCUGCCCACUCAAAACCAACUCAGCGAUGUGACUGCACAGUUGAAUAAAGGGAUUCGGUUUCUCACAGCUCAGACUCAUGAUAAGGAUGGAGCAGUUCAGUUGUGCCAUACAGAAUGCGGACUGGAAGAUGCCGGCACACUUCAAUCCUACCUGAGCACGAUCAAGACGUGGCUAGAUGGCAAUACGAAUGAAGUUGUCACACUUCUCCUUACCAACGGAGAUGCAAUAGAUCUCAGCAAGUUCUCAGAUGCAUUCAAAGCUAGCGGAUUGGAUACCUACACCUACGCGCCGACUGCCGACCUGUCUCUGGCUGAUUGGCCUACGUUGGGAGAGAUUGUUGCCAGCAAGAAGAGACUAAUCGUAUUCAUGGAUUAUAACGCCGACAUAUCAAAGGUCAGCUACAUCUUGGACGAAUUCAAGUACUACUUUGAGACGCCAUUCGAUCCCACAGACUCACAACUCCUCGAAUGUAAUAUCGACAGACCCUCAGGAGCGUCCGCUAACGGACGGAUGUAUCUCGUCAACCACAAUCUUAAUGCCGAAGUGUUCGGUAUAUCCAUACCCGACAUUGGAGCGGCUUCCAAGACGAAUUCGGAGUCUUCUAUUCUGGCUCAUUCCGACAUAUGUAUUGGCAAAUACAGCAGAGAUCCUAAUGUUAUUCUCCUCGACUACAUCAGUCUUGGAAACCCGAUCGCAGCACAAAAUACUCUGAACGAAAUUUGA